CUGUCAGUCCCUGUGCGUCUGGCUCUGCAGAGGAAGAUGGCGCCUCGGAGAGAGAGGCUAUCUACGCUGCCCCGGCUCCAGCUGCUGGUGCUGUUGUUGCUGCCUCUGUUGCUUGUGCCCCAGCCCAUCGCUGGCCAUGGCGGCAAGUACUCGCGGGAGAAGAACGAGCCCGAGAUGGUCCCCAAGCGCGAGUCCGGGGAGGAGUUCCGCAUGGAGAAGCUGAACCAGCUAUGGGAGAAGGCCCGGAGGCUUCAUCUGUCUCCCGUGAAGUUGGCUGAGCUCCAUUCUGACCUGAAGAUACAGGAGAGGGACGAGCUCAACUGGAAGAAACUGAAGGUGGAAGGCUUAGAUGAAGAUGGGGAGAAAGAAGCCAAACUGGUCCACAACCUCAACAUCAUCGUGGCCCGGUACGGGCUGGAUGGGAGGAAGGACUCCCAGACGGUACACAGCAACGCACUCAAUGAAGACACCCAGGAUGAGCUGGGAGACCCCAGGCUGGAAAAGCUGUGGCACAAGGCAAAGACGUCAGGGAAGUUCUCCAGUGAAGAACUGGACAAGCUGUGGCGGGAGUUUCUACACCACAAAGAGAAGAUCCAUGAGUACAACGUGCUGCUCGACACACUGAGCAGAGCUGAGGAAGGUUAUGAGAACCUGCUUGUUCCCUCCGACAUGAGCCACAUCCAGAGCGACACCCUGACCAGCAAGCACAGCGAGCUGAAGGACAGGCUGCGUAGCAUCAACCAGGGCCUAGACCGCCUGAGGAAGGUCAGCCACCUGGGCUACGGCUCCACCACUGAAUUUGAAGAGCCCCGAGUGAUAGAUCUGUGGGACCUGGCCCAGUCAGCCAACUUCACAGAGAAGGAACUGGAGUCAUUCCGGGAGGAGCUCAAGCACUUCGAGGCCAAAAUCGAGAAGCAUAAUCACUACCAGAAGCAGCUGGAGAUUUCCCACCAGAAGCUGAAGCACGUGGAGAGCAUCGGCGACGCCGAGCACAUCAGCCGCAACAAGGAGAAGUACGUGCUGCUGGAGGAAAAGACCAAGGAGCUGGGCUACAAGGUGAAGAAGCACCUGCAGGACCUGUCCAGCAGGGUCUCCAGAGCUCGGCACAAUGAGCUCUGAGGACCAGAAGCAACCAGCAGCAGCCCAGAGGGGCCUCUUGAAGACAACUGGGAGCCGUCAGCAUGUCAUGUGCAUGCAUAGACUUGUGGUGACUGGUGUGGCUGACCACAGUAACAAGGAGAACCUUUUGACACACCGAUCUGAUCCUGCUGUGGCUGGCAAGGACAUCUUUUCUUUCAAGCAAAUGUGGCUGUCACUACCCUGGUUGAGGGCCUUGGGUACAGCUGUCACUGAGGUGUGACUGUUCUCUGUGCUGCAGCAGAAGAGUUUACGUUGAAAUCACAUAAAUCUGUCACUGGAAAUGCUGUGUACAGAGUCCUUAAAUACAUGGCAGGAUUUCAAGCCA